GCACCUGUUGCUGCCUCCCAGCCUCAAAUCCCAGGACUAGAAAGUGUUUUUAACUCUCAUCAGAGCUUUGCGAUGAUGGAAUCGUUCACAAGCAGGAUACUGACCCUGUUCGUCUUCUGCUGGACUCUGCAUGCUGGCUGUGGACUUCCUUUAUGGGAUAAUCCAGAGAAGCAGGAUGAGCCUCUGCAUCCCGCUCACAUCAGGACCAAGCGCUGCUCCUGUAACAGCUGGGACGAUAAAGAGUGCAUCUACUUCUGCCAUCUGGACAUCAUCUGGGUCAACACCCCAAGUAAAAUCCUUCCUUACGGUUUGGGAAACCCCCGGCGCCGCCGAUCAGUCGACAGAUGCAAAUGCCUAAAUCCAGUCGAUAAAAACUGUCAAGGCUUCUGCCAGCAAAGCUCCAGAACUGACACUCUGGGUCUACUGACAAAACCUGACCACAGAAACAGCAAUAACUUGCUUGCAUCCUUAAGAUCUGUGAUUAAGACCAACACAGAGAUGGCAAAAGACUUUCUGUCACCAAAGAAGAACUCUUCAGGACACAGAAAGCUGAAGAACCAAACUAGGAGUUAAUAGCAGCAAGAAGACAUUAUUUCAUUACUCGUUCAGCUUCAGAGGAUGGACUCCAUGGAACAGAGAAGAAAAGAGAGCUGGAGGAAGGACUGAUGCAGCAAAGCAAAAGCUCGGACUCAAUGAACGUCAAGCUUUAUGGAAGAGUCUUUUAGAGGAUUUUAAAAGACGGGAGAAAACCAUCAAUGAAGGCUGAAACAUCCAGACAUCCACAAUGGAUUGUUUAGAAACUUCCCAGCGUUGUCAAACUACCCUAACUCUCCAGUCCCAUCAAUCUACAGUUUGGGAAGACAAUUCGCUUUAAUAUUUCUCUGUAUCAGAGCUGGAUUCUGCUGUUCUGCUUAAUAUUUAAGGCAAUGUAGCUUUUUAUUGCUUUAUCAUGCAGUACUUGAAAGUGGCAGCUAAUUCCCUACUGACACACCUCUUUUAGAGGAAAAUUACCCCUUGAGAUUUUUGCGAUAAACAGUUAUCUUCUGCAGGUUCAAGAUACUUUCUGUUUGCAUGGUAACAGCAAUAAAAGCAGGCUUGUUUUGAAGCCUGCACGGCAUAAAGCUCCCACUACACCCGGAGAUAAGACAGAAGUUUGACUGAUAUGCUGCUUGUCAGACUAGUUUUUUCACACUGCACUACAAAACCAAAGGACCUGCAUUAUUUCACUGAAUCAUUUCAGUUGUGAAGCAUCUGACUUGACGGAAUUAUAACUUUUCAGAAAUCUCUGUGCUGUAUAUCGUUGAUAGUUUACAAUCUUUAAAGUUUACCAGAGACUAAAGGAUUGCAGUCAUUUGAAAAUGUUUAUUUAUUUCAUAACUUAUUCAGAGAUGUAUUUAUGUUUAUUAAGUGAAGCCCUGAAUUUUGUAAAA